AUGCCUUACGCCUGCCUCCAUGGCGGUUCUCUGUGCUUGUUGAUAUCGCUGCUUUCGUGCCUCGGUGCCCAGGCAGUACAAACCCUACACCUUGUGCAGCUUGUCCACCGUCACGGAGCGCGGUCUCCCAAGGUAAAACACAAUCAAAGUCAAAUAUGCGGUGAGGUGCCGUGUGGGUAUCUGAACGCUGCCGGGAAGAUGAUGCUAGUCAAUGCAGGUGAAUUUCUUAGGAAUCACUACAACAGUAACGCAUCUGAGCCUUUCUUCCCGGAGGAGAGUUACAACUCCUGUGUGACCUACUCGCGUUCCACAGAUGUCCCGCGUACGCUGCAGAGCGCUGGGUGUCUUCUGCGCGGAAUGUUCCCCAAUGCGUCGGAAUUCUUUCCAGCUAUACACACUGCAGAUGUGAGUACCGAUUGGCUACUGCGUUACGACGUGAUACCUCAAGCAUACGCCUUCAGUCAUUUAGAUGAGCAUUGGUGGAGAAAUGUGUGUAACCCAAAGCUGGACACGCUUAUCGACACCAACACGUUGUUAUCCGUUUCGCGGGAGGUGUUCAGUGAAGGGUUCUGCGCUGAUCCACAAAACCGGUGCCAUUGCGCGGCGACGCUGUUCGACAUUGGUGUCGCCAUGCAGUCCGACGGUCGCAUCGAUAAACACCCACUUUUGAGGGAAAAUCUCGGCCGGUUGCGCGAUAUCAAGUUCUUUGAGGAUUCUCACCGAUUUGUUUACAACGCCUCUGAUCGUACGCACGCAAAGAUGGGGAGUUUGGGGCAGCACCUUGCUCAGGAAAUUUUGAAAAAUGCGGAGAAUCAUAUGAAUGGACUAACGUCGUACAAACUCUAUCACUACAGCGCACAUGACACAACGAUAGCACCACUGGCUGCGACACUCGGGGACAGCACAACCACUGGAAUCACGCCACCUUACGGUCAGCUGUAUGCUUUUGAACUGCUGUACGACCACGAAGUUAAAGGGUAUAUUAUUCGGAUAAGGCGCGGUGCGCCAGGUCAGAAACCCGAGGAAGGCUAUGCAUUUAGUUGGGGAGAGUUUCAGAUGAAAUGCAUGAACGAAAACCACACUGUUUACACAGCUGAGGACAACAAGUGCCCUUACCACGACUUCCGGCGGUUCGUGAAAUCCACCAAACCGCAUGAUCCCGCGGGACUUUGUUAUCUCAACCGGAGGUACCGCGAGCUUUUCCACUGCCCGGGAAAUGUUGGAAAACCACCUAAUAAGCAGUGCAAAGUCUUUCGGCGUGUGUGUCCAGCGUGGUCCUGCGAAGAAGGUUACACGUUGAACAGUGUUACCUUAGAGUGCGUGUGCAGUUCCAGGAAAUGUAUGGAGAAUCGUGACCUGAGCAUCAGCACUGACACACUUGGCAGGAAUCUUUUCACCAUCUUCAUCUUUGUGCUCUUGGCACUUCUCAUCCCUAUUUUUUCCGUAUUCGUGUGCAUCGGUAAAAAAUUGCGGGCACGAACCCGCAGAACGAGGGCGAAGGGCUAG